GCUGGUGCGCGAGGUGACGGGGGUGAACGUGAACAUGCGCGUGGGCAUCCACAGCGGGCGGGUGCACUGCGGGGUCCUGGGGGGGGGGGCCCUGCCCCCCCCCCCCCCGGGGCCAAAGCGCAUCCACAUCACCUGGGCCACGCUGCAGUACCUGAACGGCGACUACGAGGUGGAGCCGGGGCACGGGGGCGAGCGCAACGCCUACCUCAAGGAGCACAACAUCGAGACCUUCCUCAUCGUGGGCUGCAGCCAGAAGCGCAAGGAGGAGAAGGCCAUCCUGGCCAAGCUGCAGCGCGCUCGUGCCAACUCCACCGAGGGGCUGGUGCCACGCUGGGUGCCCGAGCGCUCCUUCUCCCGCACCAAGGACUCCAAGGCCUUCCGCAGAUG